UCAUAUGUAAACAAAUAUGGCGGAUAUAUGAUACGAAUAAAUGACGGGGAGUGAAACUAUCAUCAUGUUACAAUUCAAAGUACAUAUAAGAAACAGAAAAUACUUAUUUAGGCCUCAAGAACACUGCUUUGGCUGCCUAAGAUGAAACUGAUCUGUGCUGGUCUGCUCAAGACGGGAACCAAAUCAAUCGCUCGUGCACUGCGAAUUCUCGGCUAUAAAGUCUACGAUUUCGAUGAACAAAUCUUGUACUAUAUGGACGAGUGGUUAGAUUUGUACAAACAUGGUAAGAAACCCGAUUUMUAUACCAUGUUUAAAGAUGUAGACGUUGUUAUCGAUGGCCCGUGCAAUUUCUUCUUUGAGGAACUUAUAGAAGCAUUUCCGGACGCUAAAGUUAUUCUAUCUAUACGAGAAGAAGAUGCUUGGAUCAGAAGUUAUACAAAACACGACGAAACUGCAAAGAAUUCCUUCCUUGUAAAGAUAAAAUGCUUGCUUCCAACAUUAAAAAACGUUUGGUUCAUUUUUAUUAACGGUAGAAUAGCAAGCGUAGGGAGUCCUGGUCCAAAGUCAUCCUACAUCUGUCGCAAGCGAUAUCGCUGGCACAACGAUCGAGUCAAGUCUGUAGUUCCUGCAGACAAGCUGCUUGUCUACAGUGUUGAACAAGGAUGGAAACCAUUGUGYGAGUUCACCGGCAAGAAUAUCCCAGACCAGUUAUUUCCACACUUGAAUGUCAAGGGGGAAUAUUUCGGCAUUUUCUUAAAAGAAACUCAGUUGGGGAAGAAAAUAGUAGGAGAAUUUAGAGUGUUGCAAGUGUGUUGUGUAGCGGUGGUGGUGGCUCUGAUUGGUAUUACUUUGAUCUACUUGUUUACGCUAUUUUAAUCUAACAAUUUUACAAAUUGAGACAAGGCAUUUAUAUYUUACGUAUAGAACUAAAGACGGAAGUGGAAUUCUUGUUCUUUGGACCAUUGUAGAUAAUGAUAUAUAUAGCCAAAUAGUUUCGUCUGUUUCGUGACUCCGUCAGAUGAAGCCACAGAAGGAGAACACAGGCAGCUCAAGCAAUGUGCGGUGUUGGACACAUGCAGACUGCAGACUAGGCUUAAAACGAUUAGAAUGAUUCUGAUGAUAAAUAGUUGAUAAUAAACUACUUGUUUAUAGUA